AGGCAGCGCGUCAGUCUCAUAAUCUGAAGGUCGUGAGUUCGAGCCUCACACGGGGCAGAUGUUUUGCAUUUACUAGUAACAUUUGAGAUCUCAAUUUAUUUUUGACCUAUAAAUGCGAACACAAGCUAAUACAUAGAUAAAUAUGAUAUCAAUCCGAGGCUACGGCAUGGUAGAACUGCUUUUACAACACUAUUUCCACGACUGACCACACGGUGGACGCGGUGUUCUGUUUGAGAUUCAUCUCUGCAGGCUAGAGAAGCAUAUACAGCAUAAAUCAAUCAUUAGGACUAUACAUUGUGUUAUUAGAAGAAAAACAAUAUGUUAUUAGAGCUCCAAUUGCUGUGGUAUUGUUUUAAAUGAUCGCACAAGGAAUAGCCAACAUCUAUGAACAAAGGACCCACUAUGUCAUUUUGCACUUUAGGAACGUUUUUCUGUUAGUCUAUCUUGUGUGAUGUUUCAAACCGAGAAUUUCAAAGAUAGUGUAGGCUGGUUUGCGCGGUGUGUGUGAGAGAGAGCGAGCGAGAGAGAGAGAGCGCUCAGCUGUAUCCAAAAAACAGCGUUUCACUUUCUGAAGCGCAUGGAUUUUAACUGGAAAGCCCCACUGAGAGAGGGAACGUCGUGCGCUCUAUUGAACAGACCCAAUAUGUGACAUUCUAACAGAUCGAUCCAGUUGAUAAGGACUGCGAAUUUGUUUUGGGAUUGUAUUACUUAAAUAGCCUAUUCGGCUACUUUUACAAACGGCCAUACUACUGCUAGGAUACCUUAAUAGUCUAUCUGAUUGAAAUGGUGCAAUGUUCCAAACAAUACUCCAACGCGUUGACUUUUGGUUGAUUUACCUGACAGUUGUACUAUGUGGAGCUUCAGGUGCAGGAGUGCACAGUUGCCAUGAGGUUAAAACGGCUUUCCAAUUGCGCCAGAUCGGUCCGUUGAAAUGGGUCCCCGAGGCACCUGGAACAGAUGGCGAGCUGCAGAUCUGCAAGCACUCAGGCCCGUCGUGUUGCACACGCAAGAUGGAGGAGAGUUACCAGGCAGCAGUGCGCAGAGAGACUCUCCAGAAUAUCCGUUCCUACAGCUUUGAGCUCAAGUACCUCAUCGUGGGCCACGCCUCUGCCUUCCAGGACGCGUUCCAGUCUCUGCUAUCCUUCACUCUGAACCUGACCACUGGUCUGUUUGACAGUGCCUAUGAGCCCCUCUCCCAGGACGCUCGCCCCUUGGUGGCAGACCUCUUCUCCGACCUCUCUCUCUUCCUGGGAGGAGACGGCAACACCUCCAUGGAGCGCUCUGUGCACCGCUUCUACGACAACCUCUUCCCGCUGGUUUACCGGCGUCUGGUCAACCCUGGGCUGGCCUCGGCCCCACCCUCCUCUGAGCACAGCGAGUGUCUGCGGAUGACACGCCAGGAUGUCAACCCAUUUGGGUCCCACCCCCGUGUCCUGGCCGAGGGGCUGACCCGGGCUCUGAGCGCAGGACGGGCACUGAGCCAGGCGCUGGUGAUAGGGGCAGAGGUGCUGAAUGCCACAGAGCGGGCGGGGCUUGCCAGGGAGUGUGGGCGGGCUCUGGUGAGGAUGCAGUACUGCCCCCAUUGCAGGGGCCUGACCCUGAUCCAGCCGUGUGGAGGACUGUGUCUGAACGUGAUGCGGGGCUGCUUGGUAGGGCUCUCGGAGCUGGACGGGCCCUGGAGGCGCUUCGUGGCCCUGCUGCAGGAACUGACAGGGGCCCUGGCUGGAGGCCACGACCUGGAGCUGGCUCUGCAGGGCAUCAGGAACCACGUCAAUGACGCUAUCCUGCACGCACAGCUGCACGGGCCACGCAUCAGCGCCAUCGUUGAUAAAGUAUGUGGGCCUCUCACAGACACUCCGUCAGUGACAAGCAUACGUUCCACCCUGAAGGUCAUGACCUCUGUGAGUACCUCCCCGACCUCGAUGGCGAUGACAUCAUCCCCAGCUGAGGUCACACUGGACCACUUGUCGCAUACCAGGAGGUCCUUUCCUCUGAAACCAUCUAAGAAUAAUAAGCCUAGGAGUCUGAAAAAGAUCUCUAGAGAGUUUAUGGGCUAUAUCCAACGCUACAGGUCCUUCUUCUCUGCCUUGCCAGAGAUGCUUUGUGAGAGUGAGAUGGUGGUGGAUGACUUCACCUGCUGGAGCGGGGAGGAUGUGGUGGAGAGUUAUGUGGGCCGUGUUGUGGGUAACAGCCUUCAUGCCCAGAAAAACAACCCAGAGAUCAAGGUCCGCAGCAUCGACCCCAUCCUGGUGGGAGCUAGAGACAGACUAGAACAUUUCAAACCGGAAAUGCAGGGUCAGAUGGGCUGGGCGACAGACUGGGGGGGGUGGGUGGAGACGGGCAGUGGGACGAGAGAAGAGGCCAGCGGAGAGUGUGACGAUGAGGACGGAUGUCAAGGAUCUGGAGAUGAAGACUUUACCAAUGAGAGAGUGGACGUGGCCAGCACUCAUGUUCCUUUUGGGAAGAGCCCAGCAGUCAGGGAGCCCCCAUGGCACGUCCCCACUGCCCAACCCCCACCACAGGUAGCUGUGAGAGCUGCGGGUCACACCCCAACACCCCACCCAGCUAUCACCAUCACCCUCAUCCUCCUGUCUGCCCUGGCGUUACCAUGGCACCCACUCUGAAACCCCCUCCGCUAACCACCCCGACUCAGCACACAUGAGAGGUGGGGAGCAUUCACAAGAAGGAAAAGCAGGAAGAGGAGGAUGAGAAAAAGGACAAGAGGAGGAGCUCGCCAGCGAACCUGUUGCUUUCCCUCAGCUGCUCCCUGUUUGUUAGUGGGAGCCGGGCUGCAUGGCUGUGUUUGUGCGAUGUAGGAUGUGUCUAAUAAAAUCUCUCUCUAUCUCUCUCUCCCUUGCUGCCUUCUCCACUGCUGCCUUCUCCAAUGCUUUUUCCUCACUGCCUCCUCCUCUCUGGUUCUCUGGACUGCCUGGUCUGUUGACCAUCAGAUGUGGCCAGCUACACAUCCCACUGCUCUCUAGUAGGGACAACCAUGGUUCUGGUGGUUCUCCUGUGGUCCUUAGAUUUAGGAACAGUAAAGUUCACAAACAGUGCUGAACUGAAGAAUGUAAUCAGGCCCUAAACAGACAUCAUUUCUCCUCACCUCUCUACACGCAAAGUCAACCGUCAUGUUCUCUGGGGUCUCUCCAUUUGUUACUUAGUUUGCAUUUGAUUACGCCACCUGUUAAUAGUCACCGAGCAUACUAUACAUGUUUAUAUGGACCCAUGUGGGACUUAGAUUGUGUAUUCAUGUGUGUGUAUUUGUUUGUGUGUGUUUAAUUACCUAUAUUUACGUCUACAUGUACAGUGUCGUGAAAAAGUUUUUGCCCUUUUCUGAUUUUCUCUAUUUUUGCAUAUUUUUGAUACUGAACGUUAUCUGAUCUUCAACCAAAACCUAAUGUUAGAUAUGGGAACCUGAGUUUACAAAUAACAAAAAAAUGUAUACUUAUUUUAUUUAUUUAUUUAACAAAGUUAUGCAACACCCAAUUUCCCUGUGUGAAAGGUAAUUGCCCCCUUACACUCAAUAACUGGUUCUGCCACCUUUAGCUGCAAUGACUGCAACCAGAUUCUUCCUGUAGUUGUUGAUCAGUCUCUCACAUCGCUGUGGAAGAAUGUUAGCCCACUAUUGCAUGCAGAUGUCACGACUGACUUGGACUAGUGUAGAGGCGGAAUCAGAUGCAGGAGACAGAGGUGCUGGAGGUGAGUGUCUUUUAAUAAAUCGACACACACAAAAGGCCGUAAGGCACAGGGCGCUACAUACAGUCUGCCUGGGAAAAACACAUGCCCAUAAAACACGAAAAAUAUUAUCACACGGCACAAAAAGCAAGGGGCGCAGCCCGGUAAAUCUUCUGACAAAACUGUCAGUGAAAAUGUACAAAUCACGUCCCACCGUCCUGAGUGGACAAUAAAAAAUCCCGCACAAAACCCCAACUGAAAACACACACUAAAUAAGCCCCCACUAAUGACAGACACAAAACAGGUGCGGAACAGACAGACAAAACCAAAAGACACAGAAACAACGAUCGGUGGCAGCUAAUAGGCCGGCGACGACGACCGCCGAGCGCCGCCCAACCGAGGAGGGGCGCCACUUUCGUUGGAUCCUGUGACAGUAGAACUGCUUUAACGCAGCGACAUUUGUGAGUUUUCAAGCAUGAACUGCUCGGUUCAAGUCCUGCCACAACAUCUCAAUAGGGAUUAGCUCUGGACCUUGACUAGGCCAUUCCAAAACUUAACAUUUGUUGCAUUUUAAUCAUUUUCAUGUAGACUUGAUUGUGUGUUUUGGAUCAUUGUCUUACUGAAUGACCCAGCUGCACUUCAGCUUCAGCUCGCAGAUGGAUAGCCUAACAUUCUCCUGUAGAAUUCUCUGAUACAGAGCAGAAUUCAUGGUUCCGUCUAUUAAGGCAAGUCGUCCAGGUCCUGAGGCAGCAAAGCAUCCCCAAACCAUCACACUACCACCACCAUGCUUGACAGUUGGUAUGAGGUUCUAAGUGUGGAAUGCAGUAUUUGGUUUUUGCCAGGCAUAACAGGACCCAUGUCGUCCAAAAAGUUGACUCAAGUAAAAAGCACCUGGAAGCACCUGGAUGAAUAUCAAGACUCUUGGAAGAAUGUUCUAUGGAUAGAUGAUUUAAAAGUAUAACUUUUUGGAUGACAUGGUUCCCAUUAUGCCUGGCAAAAACCAAAUACUGCAUUCCACAGUUAGAACCUCAUUCCCAUGGUCAAGCAUAGAGGUGGUAGUGGGAUGGUUUGGGGAUGACGUGCCUUACUUUUUCACAUAGGGGCAUUGGGUGUUGCAUAACUUUGUUUAUGAAAUAAAUGAAAUAAGUAUGUAAUUGUUGUGUUAUUUGUUCACUCAGGUUCCCUUGAUCUAAUAUUACGUUUUAGUUGAAGAUUUGAUAACAUUCAUUAUAAAAAAUAUGCAAAAGUAGAGACAAAUAGAAAGGGGAAAAAUACUUUUUCACGGCACUGUAUGUUUCUUUACCUAUCAUUUUAAAACUUGUAAUAAUGGCUUGUACAGUACUAGAACUGACCUAUUAGACAAAUGUAAAUACACAUAUUUAUGAAAAUAUACAGUUUGUACUGUAUACGGAUAGGAUGACAAGGGCUUAAUUGGAGUUGUUGCUGUGGAAAUAUAAACUUCAGCAUAUAAUCUUGCCCGUGUAUUUUGAUUGGCCCAAGCCCGAAAAUAUGUUCCCACACACUGACAUCCUAGUUUACCUGCAUCCAUUGCAUCGAGAUCACCUCUAUAAUUAGGGCAAGUGUAUACAUGUAUGUAUUUGAAGUCGCACACAAUGCUUAUUCAUUUAUGUUACAUUUUUUAUUACAGAAGUUGCUCACUUUAAAGGGAUGCUGCAAACACCUCCACCCUGCAUGAAAUUUCAGGUUUACCGAUAAGCAAGUGUGUUUAACCUAGCCUAGUAAGGAAAUAAUAGCUGCAUAAACAAAUUGCCUACAACUCAAUAAAGACCCCACAUGAAAAAAUACAACAGUUCACUAAAGAAUACUACACUAUAGAAUUCUAUAUUAAACUGUAUUAUACUGUAGAAUACUAUACUACACACUAGAUAUUAUCACGUUAGCCGAUGUGAUGUGUAUUGCGAUUUUUAAAAUUCUCACGAUUCUAUAUGUAUUGCAAUUCGAUACUGUGAUUUUAUUGCAAUUCGAUGUUCCAAACAUACUGCUUACCAUAUAUCUGCUGCAGAUGGACAAGAGAGAGCCAUGAGAAAAUGAGUUUCAUCAGUCAUGGAAAUAAAAGUGCUGAAUACAAAUUGGCUCCCUAUUUAAAAAGAAGAUGGAGAACAAGUUAUGAAGGAAACACACUGGAGUUUUGGUGCAGAUACAGCCAACUAGUGCAUAAAUAAUACUGCAAUAUUGUGAAAACGAUACUAUAUACAUCGUCAAAAAUAAUAUCCCGAUAUGUAACAGUAUCGAUUUUGUUCCCCAUCACUACUACACACUGUAGUAUCCCUCGAUUAUGUGUAGUACUUACUAUAGAAUGUUGUAGUACACUGUAAAAUACUAAAGUAAAUACUACAGUAUCCACAAAAAAAAACACUGUGGUAAAUACUACAUUAAUGUCCGCAAAAACACCACCCCUUUUUAAACUAUAGUAAAUACUACAGUAUCUUAUUUGCAUAUACCCUGCCCAUUCCCCUCCCCCAUAUCGCAAUUUUUGCCACCCAUAAAUGAGAAACCUACAUUCCAUUUAUAGACCAUACAGUAUAUUGUGUUCCCUACAGGUAAUUGCUCUUUUAGUAUUUCUCCAGUAUGUUUCCUGAAGGAGAAAGCCUCCACUUCUAUGUUAAAGAUAAUUAAACAAAAACACUAUAGUAAAUACUACAGUAAUGUCCGCAAAAACACUACAGUAAAUACUACAGUAUAGUACAGUCCGCAAAAAACUACAUUAAUUACUACAGUUCUUUUACUAUACUAUAGUUUACUGUAAAUACUACAGUAAAUACUACAGUGAAUACUACAAUAAAGUCUGCAAAAACACUACAGUGAAUACUAUAGUAUUUAUACCAUCGUAUACUUAAGCAAUAAGUAUACUUAUGGUAUAUGACCAAUAUACCAUGGCUAAGGGCCGAUAUCGCGGUACCUAGAUACUGCCUGUAGCCGUGGUAUAUUGGCCAUAUACCACAAACCCCUGAGGUGCCUUAUUGCUAUUAUAAACUGGUUACCAACGUAAUUAGAGCAGUAAAAUUAAAUGUUUUGUCAUACCCGUGCUCGGCUCUCAGCCAAUCAGCAUUCAGGGCUCGAACCACCCAGUUUAUAAUAUAGUAUUUUUUUAGGUGCAACCCCAUGAACUCCAUGUCUAUCCAUGUGGCUUUGAGCUGUUACUGGGAGACAGAUUGUCCAAUAUUCUGCUAUACUGGACAGCCAUGAACCCUGUGGCUCCCCUGUUGUUCUGAAUGCCAGGUCCAGUGGUACAUAAUGUACCUCAUCACUUCUUCUACACUGCUUCUAUACUCCUUUCAAUGUCAAUGAUAUGAUGUGAUCUUGCUUUGCAACCCCUUUAAAAUGCUGUAAAUGUUCAGAGCCAUGUGAGUGGCGACAGGACUGAUAUACUAGACUGGCCCUUUAUCUUAAACGGAUGGAGCCUUUGUCUGUAGACUCGCAUGGACAUUUAAUAAACAUAUAACAGUCAACCUGA